GACGUCUCUCUGCUGUGCUAUUCUAACUGGAACCCGUUCGGAAGCAGAGGGGUAUCGCGCUCAUGUCUCCUCGGCCCCUCAAGCUCUGGUUUGAAAGGAAUAACUUUUAUCUCUGACAACCCGCUGUCGCUGUGUUGCUGCACAGCAGGCAGGAUGUCUCGUUUGUGGUUUCAUGCGGCGGGCGUCCUCUGGUUUGUCUCGGGGAGCCUGGGCGGCGCGUCCCGGCUGUACACGGAGGAUGACCCGCUGGUGAUCCUGGGCAGCAGCAGCCUGAAGCCCACCAUCAGUAACUCGUCCUCGGCCUGGCUGGUUCAGUUCUACUCCUCUUGGUGCGGACACUGUAUCCAUUACUCCAGCACAUGGAAGGUGCUGGCCCAGGACGUGAAAGACUGGCAGGACGCCAUCGGUGUUGCCGUGUUGGACUGCGCUCAGGAGGAAAACUUUGACGUCUGCAGAGACUACAACAUCCAGUUCUACCCGACCUUCAAAUACUUUCGGGCUCACAGUUCUCCCGGAGAAAAAGGGACGGCAUACAGAGGUGCAGACAGGGAGGUCCAGUCCAUGCGUCGGCUGAUGGUGAACAUCCUGCAGAACCACACCAGACAGGAGUGGCCCCAACGCUGCCCUUCACUAGAGCCGUACAGCUCUGCUGAACUCCUCCCCCUCCUCGGUCAAAAGUCAGACCACUACACCGCCGUAUUCGUGGAGGAGCCGGAUUCGUACGUCGGACGGGAGGUGAUCCUGGACCUGCUGCUUUACUCAGGUGUGCAAGUAAAAAGAGCUCUGAGCUCUGAUCUCCCCCUACUGGACGCUUUGAAGGUCACAUCUUUCCCCUCCGUCUACCUGCUGCACCCCAACGGGACGCAUGCACACCUGCACAGCGAGAAGAAGCUCCGCUUCUUCUUCUCUUCCCUCCUGAGGACGCUGCCUGGAGUUCAGCGCCGCAGCAGUUCAGCAGUUGCCCAUGUGGGGGCGCCGUCGGGCAAACAGGACUCCGAACCCUGGAGGGAUUUUAACAGGUUCCAGGUGUACACAGCUGAUCUGGAGUCAGCGCUUCACUACCUGCUGAGGGUGGAACUCGCCUCUCACAGCAUGUUGGAGGGAGAGAAGCUAAAAGUCUUCAAGGACUUGGUCACUUUGGUUUCCAAGCUGUACCCAGGUGGAGGCUCAGUGGUGAAGCUGAUGGAGACGCUUUCUGAUUGGCUGCUCAGUCUGCCAUUACAGCGAAUCCCCUACCAGGCCGUUCUGGACCUGGUGAACAACAAGAUGAGGAUUGCGGGCGUGUUUUUGGGGGAGGAGCUACGCUGGGUUGGCUGCCAGGGCAGCAGGCCGGGUCUCAGAGGUUACCCGUGUUCCCUCUGGACUCUGUUUCACGUUCUGACCGUGCAGCACGACGCCAUGCCCAACGCGCUGGACAACACAGGUCUGGAGGUCGAGGCUGCGCCGGUGCUCCAGGUGAUGCGCAGUUACAUCCGGACUUUCUUUGGCUGCCAGGAGUGCAGUCGCCACUUUGAGCAGGCAGUGGCCGCCGGCAUUCACGAGGUGAAGAGUGCAGAGCAGCAGAUCGUGUGGCUGUGGAACCAGCACAACCGGGUCAACGCGCGGCUGGCAGGCUCCUUGAGCGAUGAUCCCCUCUUUCCUAAAGCUCAGUGGCCGAGCCCCUCCCUCUGCGCCUCCUGCCACGAAGAGAGAAACGGGGUCCACGAGUGGAACCUGGACAAUGUUCUUCACUUUCUCCGACACCACUACAGUGCCUCCAACCUGUCCCCCAAGUACUCCCUGACUCCCCCGCGUGUCCCCGCUCCUUCUUUUGAUCUCCUUCCCACCAGCGAGUCAAAGGUGGAAGACCGCGGAGGAGAAGGGGGGGGAAUGAAAGCCGAGGAGCAGCCAGAGCCUCAACCAGCACAGCACAGCCCGAGGCCGGCGCUGAAGGCUUUAGAGAUGGGGGAGGCGGAAGGCCGGGGGGUGUGGAUUCUGGGCAUGGGCUUCAACAGCGUGGACAUGAGUCUGUGCGUGGUGCUCUACGUCUGCUCCUGCCUCUUCCUCAUGCUGCUCUUCUUCUUCUUCAAGGUUCGUUCCAGGAGGUGGAAGCUCCGACAUUCCCGCUUCCAUGUGUGACCCAGUCCAGAUCGUUUGCCUGACCCGGUUCUGAACGAAGCUAGCAGAGCCACCAUGGAUGCUCAGCGUUCAAAAGCAAAGGAAUCUCAGUGCUUUUUCACAAAAGUGAAAAAUCUGGACCAGACUGCACUCUGAAUCAGAACCAGGACUUUUUUCAUUUUUUAGAUUCAAACGGGACGCUCUGAUCCGGCCUAGGAAGAGUCACGAGUUGAACUCUUUAAACUGGACUGCAUAUCCCAGAAUCCCUCUGGAGGGACGUGAAGGGGUAACUGGCAGGAAAAUAAACUGGAUCCGAGAGCCCGAGGUCACUUUGUGCCAAACCUGCUGACACACCUGUCGUCUCAUGCCCCGCCCCCUUCUGCACAAAAACAGUGUUUGUGUUUACAACUGUGUGAGGAACCACAUUGAGCAAAUUAAGAAACUCAGAUCAGGAAAGAUUAUUUUUAAUCCAGGCUCGGAUGAAAAGAUGGGUUACUCUAGAUUAAAAGUAAAGUUGAAGUCAUAGGUUAAUUGUGUUGGGCUGGUGGUGAUUAUAGAUGAAUCCAUCCCAGCGUCUGAAAAGGACGAGGGGGAGGAUACCCCUCCUCUUCUUUUCAGAAAAAAGAUGAAGUACAAAUAUUUUUCUAUCAGGUACAGUUGCAGGAUUUAAGAGAGACAACAGCAGGAGUGAGUUCAAAAAUACAAGGAAAAUAGGCUAAAACAAUGUGAAAGUAAUUACUAUUUUUUAUCUUUGAAAUUUAUUUAUUAAAUAAAAAUGCGACCAAGAUGUGCCGGUAGUUUUGAUAUUUAUUUUUUACCUUAGCUUUAGUUCUUUGUGGAUUUCCCACCUGGGUCAAACUGUUUUAUUUUCCCUUUUAUCAAUCACUCAAUAGGACUCUUCCUGUACUUUUGUGUUUCAUUAAUGCUGUUCUGUUUGGAGGAACGGUUUCAAACCUGUAAAUGUGUGUGAAUAAAUCCUGUUGCCGGAG